AUGCUCAAAUAUCACCGGCGUUCUCAUAGACAUAAAUCACCAGUUCAGUGUUUGAGAUGGAGAUCGUCAGGCGACUCGGAUGCCACCAGCACGGCUGCGGUGGAGACGACCCUCGAGAGGCUGCGAGGCACCCGCGGCGCGCUCGAGGAGCUCUGGUCGGAUAGAGAGAGGCGUCUAGAGCUCACCCUGCAACUUAGACACUUCGAGAGAGACGCGCUUGAGGUAUCAUCACGGUUGGAGCUUUGGGGUGAUGAAUUGCAACGAACUGAACCACCUCGCGAUCCCCAACAAGCUGAGCAAGCACUCGCGGCCCAUAACGAGAGUGUCGCUCGAAUGCAACAUGCCACCUAUCAAGUGGUUCAACAAGGCCAAGAACUAGCGGCUGCUAUAGCGGAAGCAUCAGAUGUGAUGGCUUCAAAUAAUGCGGAUGGUUCGGAAGCAGCGCCACUUGAUGCCCAAGCUCGCGUUCAGCUAUUGCUGGAAUUCUUACACGAUAGACAACUAGAUCUGGAAGAGCUGGCUGAAGAGAGGCGAGCACGAUUUGAACAGUGUGUGCAGCUUGGGCAAUUCCAAAAGGACGCGGCUCAAGUAGUCAGCUGGAUUCGUAACGGCGAAGCUAUGCUUGCUGCUUCGUUCUCCAUACCCGGUACAUUGGCCGAAGCUGAACAGCUGAAGCGUGAACACGACCAGUUUCAGGUAGCCGUUGAGAAGACUCACGCGAGCGCUGUACAGGUCAAGUAUCGAGCUGAUGCCUUGCGAGCUGCUAACCACUACGACCCACAUACGAUAAGAGAAAUCUCAGAGGAAGUCACCGAGCGUUGGCAACGGCUCGUAACAUGCGCGGAGGAACGUCACAAAUUGGUGACGGCUUCCUUGAACUUCUAUAAGACUGCUGAGCAAGUGUGCUCUGUGCUGGACUCACUCGAGCGCGAGUAUCGGCGCGACGAAGACUGGUGCGGAUCAGCGGCUGCGCCCGCUACAGACGAGCCUGCACAGGCGACCAAUUUAGAUAAAGCCGCGCAGGUACUGGAACAUUGGACAGUGCGUAAGAAGCGGCUCGAGCAGUGUCAACAGUUUGCUUUAUUCGAGCGGUCUGCGCGUGCGGCGGUUGAAUGGAUUCGUGAGACGCAGGAGCGAUGUGGUGCCGCUGCUGCUGCUGCCGCCGCGGGCGUAGCGCGAGAGAGUCGCGAACGUGUCCGAUUGUUGGCCCAGCUCGCGGAUGGACUCGUGGAGAAAGGUCACCCGCACGCUGUCCAGAUCAAAGAGUGGGUUGCUGCUGUCGACGCUAGUGAGGCGGAGAGCGAUUCAGGCGUGGCGCCGUCGCUGGCGUCCUCGCAAGUGACAGAACACGACCCGCGCUCAGACGUGCCCCCGCCCACCGCCGGCGACGAUAAGAGGAGGAGCGCUAGGCGUAAAGAAUUUAUAAUGGCGGAGCUGCUCCAAACGGAGAGGGCCUACGUCAAAGAUUUAGAAACCUGUAUCACCUGCUACCUACGAGAGAUGCGUACUGACCCCGGCGCCGUGCCGUCUGCGCUACAGGGAAAGGAGGAGAUGAUAUUCGGCAACAUAGAGGAGAUUCACCGAUUCCACGAGCGUGUGUUCUUGCGUGAGCUUGACAAGUACGAGUCGAUGCCGGAGGACGUUGGUCAUUGUUUCGUGACGUGGGCGCGCGAGUUUGAUAUGUACGUCGCGUAUUGUCGAAACAAACCCGACAGCAACGCUGUGGUCGUUCAGCAUGCUGGGGACUACUUCGAGAGGGUGCAACGCAAGAAAAAAUUAGAGCAUCCUCUAGCGGCGUACUUGAUCAAACCGGUACAGCGAAUAACUAAGUAUCAGCUGCUACUGAAAGACCUUCAAGCUUGUUGUGCCGAAGGACAGGGCGAAAUAAAGGACGGCUUGGAGGUUAUGCUGUCAGUGCCAAAAAAGGCAAAUGACGCGAUGCACCUCUCGUUGUUAGAGGGGUGCGAUGUGCCCGCGGACAGCCUUGGGGAAGUGGUGCUGCAGGAUUCAUUCCACGUGUGGGAUCUGAGGCAAAUCAUCAAGAAAGGCCGCGAGCGACGCGUCUUCCUCUUCGACCUGCACUUGCUUCUCGCUAAGGAGGUUAAAGACUCACAUGGGAAAGCGAAGUAUAUCUACAAAACUAAGUUUAUGACGUCAGAACUGGGAGUGACGGAACACAUUGAAGGCGAUGAGUGCAAGUUCUCGGUAUGGACAGGCCGAGAGCCGAUGGCGAGCGACUGUCGGAUAGUUUUGAAAGCACCCUCGCUAGAAGUAAAACAGACCUGGGUUCGUCGUCUCAGGGAAGUCAUUCAGGAAACUUACUUCAGCGGGGCGCUUCAACAACCGCCGCGUAGUCCUGCACGUGUGCGACCGACGAGCUCCCAGCGUUCGAGCAGGGAUCUGGACGACACUGUGCUAGACGAGACCACAGAGAACUUGGAUCGUAAUUCACUCGCAUCCUUUGGUAGCGGCAAUACUACCGAUUCAGACAAGGAAAAUUAA